AGUCACUUAUUUAACACUUUCAAGUUUUUCCAGUUCCCACACGUCCACACCACCAGGCACCAGGCACUAAACAAGUGAAGGCUCCAUGCACCGCCUGAUUGCCACGUUCGUCGGCUGAACCACCCCUCUCCACAGCCAACAUCAACAAUCCGAAUUUAGGUAGACGGUAGUGACCCACCAUCUGCAAAUUUCUGGAUCCACCAUUGAACUCUAUAUUCCAAGUUUCCAACUUCACUACUACAAAAAUCUACAAUGCUACUAGUAUUUGGAUCACUUUUUUUGCUUGUUGAGUUGUUGCUUCUUCACCACUUCUAAAACCCAUGCUUUCCCUUUAGUUCUCCACUCACUCACUUUCUACCUUUUCCUCAACAAAAUUCAGUGGAAUAAUGAACAGAUUAAGAUGGGUAAUGGAUGGAGGAGGGUUCUGGGAAGUGGACAUAUCAACGCCCAGAACUAUAGAUGGUGUCGCCCGGCCCUUACCAAUUGACGGCCCACUUCCUCUGGGCUUUUCAAGGGCCACCAGGCUUUCCUGGCCCAAGCAAGUCGACUUCUUCCAAAGAUUCAUGGCUGCCCCCUUCGUUCCUUCCUUCUCUGGUGGGUCUCACAGCAACGGUUUCUCUCUCCAACGGGCACUCACUAUUCCCUCUGGCAAUGACUGGUUUACUACUUUGCUGGGUCAGUUCAACUUGCAAAAGUUUGUAUCUGCUGUCAGAAAGGCAAAGUCAGAGGAGCUCUCAGAUUCAUCCUGGAUGCAAAUCCUCGGAAGACAUCUAUCUGAGAAAUCAUUUUAUGCAUUUGGUUUUUGUUCUGAGUUCCUUGUAACAUCUGAAGAUACGCUGUUAUUUUCUUAUGAAGCAUCUGGUGACACAAAGACUGCUCGAAAAAAGGCAGUUUUUCAUCAUAAGUUUCCCCAUCUUAAUCUGACAGUGGAGAGAGUUUGGCCUGGACUAUUUAUUGACAAGCAUGGGAAUUACUGGGACGUACCAGUUACUCUGGCAGCUGAUCUUGCAUCUGUCACUUCUGACUCUGGAGCUCGCUAUCACUUGUCUUUGCAGCAUAUCUCAGGUGCAGCAAAACAAGUUGAAGGGAAUAAGUCCAGUGAUGUUCCGGCCACUUUACUUCCUGGGCUCUAUGUUAAAAGCGCGUUUUCCUUUAAGAAGAAUAUAGACUUCUGGAGAAGUCAGGCAAAGAAGCUAAAAUUUGUCCAGCCUUUUGAUUUGUUCUUAUCAAGUCCCCAUGUUUCUGGUGCAGGUCUCAUUGGUGUUGUUGCGACUGCAUUAGUUGGAGAUAACUCAUUGAGAUCACCACUAGAUGAUCAACCAAAGGAUUAUAGGCGUCUUGAUCUUUAUGCAUCUAGAGGAAAAUCAGCUUUCCUUGCAGACUUAUUUGCAACUUUGUCAUUCUCAGCUCAGUAUGGAAACUUCCAACGGAAGUUUUUUGAUUUAACGCGGAUCCAUGGUCGGUUAGAUGUUCCUUCAGGUUCCAAGUUCUGUUCAGCUGCGGCAUGCUUGGCUAAGGAUAUUUACAAGUCUCAACAGCUUUCCGUAGAAGCAGUACAAGCAGUUUGUCCCAAUCCCAUGGUUUCUUUUCAGCAACAGAUUGUAGGACCCUUCAGUUUUAGAGUUGAUUCAAAAAUUGCUGUCAAUUUGGAGAAUCAAGGAUGCAAAGUAAGCUUGGACAAUCCAGUAUUUGCGAUUGAAUAUGCUCUACAGGUCCUCUUCUCUGCAAAAGCUGUAGCUUGGUAUGCACCAAAGCAGAAGGAAUUCAUGGUGGAGCUCCGAUUUUUUGAGAGAUAACCAGUGUUAGCUAAUUCGAUAUCUCAUUCGCCUUUUGAAUUCGCUAAUUUGCCCAUCAUGGGCUAAAAAUGAACCAAAACCACUAUAAUUCCCUUUUCUCAAUUCGCAAUCCGCGGGGAAAUUAGGGAAUUAGGUAAUAUUGGAGAAUGGAGAUAACUCUUACUCUUUCUUCAGGGAUUAUGAUUCUCCUCCUGGCUCGAAUUGUAUUCACCACCUUUACCGCUCUCAAAAUGAGAGGGAAGUAGAGCUUUUCUAUGGCGUAACCAUCUUGUAUUGGUAAUGGAUUCACAUUUUUUUAGUAUCUAGAAUUAAAUGAUAAACGCCUCACUCUCCUUUCCCAACA